GCCCAGGCGCCCCCCCGCCCCAGUCAGGAAGAAGCCGAGGUGGGGAGGCCCAGGCCGGCCCCCUUCUGGGCUCUCCUCCUUACCCGGAAUGAGGCUUCAGGAGCCCCUUCAGCUGCCUUCCGGGGAAGAAGGGGAGCCUCGGGCCGCUGCGGGGCUGGAGGACUCACGUGCCUGCAGUGCUGCUCCCAAGGAAUUCUGCCCCGCCCAAAGCGCAGGCCCCGCGCCAGGGCCUCUGGGAGCCGCAGCUCGUCCAAGAUGGCGGCGCCACGGCUGGGCGGCCCGUUCCGGGUUGGGCAACCCCCGCUGGCAACGGCGGCCCGAGGCUGCCUCGUCCCUCCACCUGGGCUCAGUGUACACCAUCCUCGCCCGGGGCCGGGCCGACCGCAACGUGUACCCCUCCGCUGGAGUGCUCUUUGUCCACGUGCUGGAACGCGAGUACUUUAAAGGGGAAUUCCCGCCCUUCCCAAAGCCAGGCGAGGUCAGCAACGACCCGAUCACAUUCAACACCAACCUCAUGGGCUACCCGGACAGGCCGGGCUGGCUGCGCUACAUCCAGAGGACGCCCUACAGCGACGGCGUGCUCUACGGCUCCCCCACGGCCGACAGCGUGGGCCGGCCCACCGUCAUCGAGAUAACGGCCUAUAAUCGGCGCACCUUCGAGACGGCCCGGCACAACCUGGUCAUCAACAUCAUGUCAGCGGAAGACUUCCCGCUGCCCUACCAGGCCGAGUUCUUCAUCAGGAACAUGAACGUGGAGGAGAUGCUGGCCAGCGAGGUUCUGGGGGACUUUCUGGGGGCCGUGAAGAACGUGUGGCAGCCCGAGCGGCUGAACGCCAUCAACAUCACGUCGGCCCUGGACCGCGGCGGCCGGGUGCCGCUGCCCAUCGGCGACAUGAAGGAGGGGGUCUACGUGAUGGUGGGGGCCGACGUGCCCUUCUCCUCGUGCUUGCGGGAGGUGGAGAACCCGCAGAACCAGCUGCGCUGCAGCCAGGAGAUGGAGCCCGUCAUCACGUGCGACAAGAAGUUCCGGGCUCAGUUCUCCAUCGACUGGUGCAAGAUCUCCCUGGUUGACAGAACGAAACACGUGUCCACCUUCCAGGAAGUGGUCUGUGGCGAGGGGAUCCUGCCCGACGGUGGGGAGUACAGGCCCCCUCCGGCCUCGCUGAAGAGCCGAGACUACUACUCCGACUUCCUCGUCACACUGGCCGUGCCCUCGGCAGUAGCGCUCGUGCUCUUCCUGGUCCUUGCCUACGUCAUGUGCUGCCGCCGCGAAGGCGUGGAAAAGAGAAACAUGUACACCCCAGACAUCCAACUGGUCCAUCACAGCGCCAUCCAGAAGUCCACUAAGGAGCUGCGCGACAUGUCCAAGAACAGGGAGAUAGCCUGGCCGCUGUCCACGCUGCCCGUGUUCCAUCCGGUCACCGGGGAGAUCAUCCCUCCGCUGCCCACAGACAGCUACGACAGCACCAGCAUGCCGCUGAUGCAGACCCAGCCGAACCUCCCCCAUCAGACGCAGAUUCCCCAGCAGCGGGCAGCCGGAGAGUUUCGUAUGACGACUUUUCAAAGAUUUGAGGUAAAUGGUAUCCCUGAAGAGAGAAAGCUGACGGAAGCGCUGGACUUGUGACGGCGCGGCGCGCUCCCACGUCCCGCCAGGAGGGCUCUUUGUACUUCGGACCUUGGGUGCCGCCCGCGACUAUCUUGGUGACGCUCAGAAGCCGCCUUUGCAAUAAACGGAUUCCCAAGA